CUUUUCUGUCCGGGAGUAUUAUGGUCUGUCGGGAAUCCAGUCCGCCGCGCCGCGCCACAGACUAGGAAGCUACUGAGAAAAAAAACCCUCUUCCCUUCCCCGUUGGCUUAGCGGGCACCGAUCUAACGGCGGGAAGAAGACGUGCUUCACGCGCUUGAAGACAGCAUGGAGCUGUCUGCGGUCGGGGAGCGCGUGUUCGCCGCCGAGUCCAUCAUCAAACGGAGGAUCAGGAGGGGUCGGAUGGAGUACUUGGUGAAAUGGAAAGGCUGGUCUCCCAAGUACAGCACCUGGGAGCCAGAGGAGAACAUACUGGACUCGCGUCUCUUCGUUGCUUUUGAGGAAAGGGAGCGCGAGAGGGAACUUUAUGGGCCCAAGAAGAGGGGCCCCAAACCGAAGACCUUCCUGGUUAAGGCUCAGACCAAAGUGCGGUCCUAUGAGUUCCGGAGCGAGGCGGUCCGAGGGAUGCGCAUCACCUACCCCAGCCCGGAGCCCACGCCCCCCCCCCGGGCCAGGGAGGGCCUGAGGGCCGUGGUGCCCACCAUCUUCCCCCCCAGCACCGUCAACCGGGGCGAGAGCGUCCGCGUCUGGGCCCCCGAGCCCGAGCGCGAACACAGAGGAUCCGCAAGGCCGGGCGGCCAGGCCCCGGAGCCCAAGAAGAGGGGCCCCAAGCCCAGGCUCCAGUUCAAGAUCAGCCGAGAGGGCCCGACGCCGGCGCACUCCGACCCCCACAAGAGGAGGCCGGAGGGGGGGGAGGAGGCGGCCGGCUUCACCUCCACCUCCACCCAGCGGGGGGCGCUGCUCCACGGUGACCCCGGGGCCAGGGGCUCGGCCCCGGGGCCCACGAUGAAACACAGACUCCAUCAGAACCGCGGGCACGCCCACAAACACCACCACCACCACCACCACCACCGCCAUCACACCCACGUGCACCUCCGGGCCCUCCCCUAUGGGGCGCCCCAUCAGCAGGCGGUCCACUCGAGACCCGGGGCCGGUGUGGGCCCGGGGGCCCCAGACAGGACUACGGGGGCCCCCGUGCACUUCAAGCACAAGUCAAAAAGCAACCUGAGCCAGCUUCGGACGGAGCUGUCGUCCGCGGUGAAGCCGGCGUUCCUGGAGAGGCUGUCUCCGACCCCCCCAGCGGGCGACGGGGAGCGGGUGAAGUGGCGGCCGUCGCUCGCCAACGUGGAGAAGGUCCUGGUGACGGACGUGACCAGCAACUUCCUCACGGUCACCAUCAAGGAGAGCAGCUCCUCCCAAGGGUUCUUCAAGGAUCAUAGAUGAUCUCUCUGUGUGUGUGUGUGUGUGUGUGUGUGUGUGUGUGUGUGUGUGUGUGUGUGUGUCACACGGCGUGCAUACUUUUUGUUGGACAUAUGUGUAUAUAGAUCAAAUUAAAUAUAUCUAUUAUCACAAUGUAUAUAUAUUAACAUGAUAGUGUGGCCCGUUUUUUUGUUUCAUGGAGUAGGAAGGCCGGCGUUAUGUACAGAGCUUGUAAAUUAUAAUAUUUUGUAAUGAUUCAGCCAUCAUUUUUUCUAAAUUUCAUACUUUUGAGUCAAACGUAGUUUUCUUAUAAAAAUUAAUUAAUCAAGGUUGGCAAAGCGAUUGACCCAGCCUCUCUUUAGGGGGGGGCUUAAAUAUGCCUCGAUUAGAAACGUCAAGUGGACUCGCAUGUUCCCAACUGAAAAUAAUUGUUUUGCACUUUGUUUUUCCUUCAUUUAUGGACUGAAUCGUUCCGGUUAUAUUGUCUUUUGCGUUUGGUUGUGCAGAAUAGGUCUAAUUACUUUCGAUUGUAUACUAAAUAUGCAGGAAAAUAAAAUAAGUUUCAUGCUAAACCUAUCGGUCUCUUCACGUUACUAUUUUUCCAAUGCGAACAAAGGCCAUAUGGUAAGCGGUCUGUUAAUUAGAUUAGGUUAUGCUGUAGCCAAUUAAGGCAUUUUGAAGAAAUUGUAAAGUGCUAUUAACCGUAUGACGAUUUAAAUAGUUGAGAAAUUAAGGCCUUCGUUCUAGUUUGGCGAACAGAUUAUUUAGACCCUACAAUCCGUUAUGCCUGAUAUUUGAGUGCCCCAAUGAAGUAGCUUGAAGUGCUGAAUGAAUUAUUUUAGAUGGUUACAUGGUUAGAAUUGAUGUCGAACAAUUAUUUCAUUUUUUUAAAGUCUAGUUAUUGAGUUUAAAUAUAUAAGAGCCUAAAGUGCAGGGUCAAAAUGACCAUAGCGUGUGGGCCUAAUACAGGAUGCGUUCUUUCAUUUUUAAUUGCAUAGGCCUCUCCUACACUUUAAGUUGUGCACUUCAUAAAAGUCAACAGAAAUCAAGGUUAUAUUAGAAGAGGUAAUAUUGCCUAUUUUAGGAAGUGGAAGUAGACUUUAGAUUAUGUCCUCGAAACCGUCAGAAAUCUGCUUAAAUUAAUUCGGAGGUCGCGUGGCACCGCGGUAAUACGAUAUUAUUUAUUCAGUUCGGAAAGGUUAAAUCACAAAACAGUAUGGACUAAUAGUAGGCCUAUUAGGCGUACUAUUAUUUAAUUUUUUCACGGAACAUUUUUUAAUUUGUUAGUUAAUUUUAAGUUUAUUUUUAUAGCCUAUUAUUUUAGGCCAUUAAUAAGGCUUUUUAUGAGACAGUUCAAUGAAUAGAACAAAAUGCAUUUUCCUUAAAGAAAAUGAAACCGGUUAGUUCUGGAAAGAAUAAAAAGACUAAGGGAGUUGACCUAAGGUUAGAAGAUGUAAAUCAUCUGCGCUUCGCAGCUUCAAAUCUCUGCUUUGAGAAGAAAAUCAGGCGGACAGAUCUACUAAUCUGGUCUCGAUCGAAUACCUGAAUUAAUUAAAUUAAUUGAGCCAAUUGAAUACCAUUGACUGUCAAACCGAUAAUAUAGUAUUUGCAUUUAUUUUUUAAUUAAAUUCAUACACAAUUUCCUAUGUGUUACAUGAGUCAAAUAGACAGUUUAAGAGAUCCCACACCUAAGGUCUAGGCUUAUGCGUUUAAUGUUUAGAUGAUAUCACUCUAUAGUGAAUCACUUGAUCGCCUGCAGGGAAACAGCCCAACAUAGAAGCGCGCGCUCGUCUUUGAUUCCUCAUCGUCGUCUUCGU